AUGGAAGAGACCAAUCUUGUGUCUUGGAACUCUUUGCUCCUGGCAUAUGCCCAAGCUGGGGACGUGCCCAAUGGAACAAAGAUCUUUCAUCGGAUGGCUGAGAGAGACGUGAUCUCAUGGACGACCAUGAUCACCUGCUGCUCGCAAAGCGGCGAUUUAGAUGGAGCCGAGAGGUUCUUUGCGAAGAUGCCCUGCUCUAGCAUGGUAUCUUCUUCAGCUAUGCUAAUGGCAUAUGCCGAGAACGGGCAUCUGGAAGAUGCAGAAUCUAUCUUUAAAUCCAUUCUUGAUCCCAGCUUACCAAUGUCUAAUGCAAUGCUACAGGCAUACAUUCUCUACUACAAAGUCUCUCAAGCAAGAGGUCUCUUUCUUUCUAUGAGAAUAUGCGACGUGGUUUCAUGGACUACCAUGCUCGCAGCAUAUGCCCAAGCUGGGGAUCUAGAAUCUUCUAAACUCUUUUAUGACAAGAUGCCAUUACACUCUUCCGUGACCUUCUCGGCGCUCCUCCACGCCCACGCGCGUCGCUGCUCGCCUCUCGACGAGCUCGAAUCUGUGUUUGAUUCCUUCCCCGAUCGCCAGAUCACUGCAUGGAACGUGAUGAUCGCAGCGGCGGCAUCCCAGCACGCCAGGAUCGAUCGAUCACUCGCAUUCUUCCACGGAGCCCCAAUUCGCGACGUGGUUUCGUGGACCGCGAUCGUGGCAGGGCACUCGGAUUGCAAAAACAUCGCAGGAGCGCAGCGGCUGUUUGAUCUCAUGCCGCAGUGGAAUGCCGUGACCUGGAACGCGGUGAUCACUGCCUAUGCCAGAGAUGGGCUCCUCGAUCGCGCGAGGGAGAUGUUCUCUCGGAUGCCGGAGCCGCGCUGGGGGCCCUGGAAUUACCUGAUCCUGGCGCAGUCCCAGGCCGGGCACUCGAUCCAGGCGCUGGAGCUGCUCGAUCGCAUGCUCCUCGAGGGUUUGAUGCCAGACAGUCUCACAUUCGUUGGGAUCUUCUCUGGAUUCAACCACGUCGGGCAGAUGGAUCUCGCGCGCCAGUGCUUCCGGUCGAUGAGCACCGAUUUCGCGAUCGCUCCAAUCCUGGAGCACUACUGCUGUAUGAUCGGGGUAUUCGGGCGCGUGGGGGAGAUGGGCGAUGCGCGAGAUCUCUUCGAAAGCAUGCCAUUCGAGCCGACGUCGAUCGCCUGGAACACGAUUCUCGGCUGCUGCAACAUCCACAGCGAUCUUCUCCGCUGCAAUCAAGCGAUCCAGAGCUCCGUGCCAGCGACCUUUGUCCUACUGUCAAACAUGUUCCUGGGGCGGAUUUAA